AUGGAGGAGCUGAGCAGCGUGGGAGAGCAGGUCUUCGCCGCCGAGUGCAUCCUCAGCAAGCGGCUCCGCAAGGGCAAGCUGGAGUACCUGGUCAAGUGGCGAGGCUGGUCCUCCAAACACAACAGCUGGGAGCCCGAAGAGAACAUCCUGGACCCCCGGCUGCUCCUGGCUUUCCAAAAGAAGGAACAUGAAAAAGAAGUGCAGAAUCGGAAGAGGGGCAAGCGGCCCCGGGGCAGGCCCAGGAAGCACGUGGUGAGUCCUGCCAGUGCUAACAGAUCCCUAAAGGAACCAGAAAUGCCUGCAAAAACUAAGUCAAGUAGCUCCUCUUCCUCCACAUCCUCCUCUUCUUCCUCCUCUGAUGAAGAGGAUGAAAGUGACCUGGAAGCAAAGAGAGGUCCCCGCAGCAGAGAGACACACCCGGUGCCACAGAAGAAAGCUCAGAUCCUGGUGGCAAAGCCUGACAUGAAAGACGCUUCCAGGAAGAAGCGUGGGCGGAAACCUCUUCCCCCGGAGCAGAAAGCAGCUCGAAGGACUGUGAACCUGACAAAGGUGCUGAAAACAUCCCGGAAGGAGGUGGGGGGCAGUGCCAAGCUGGUGGGGAAGCUGCAGCCUCAGCACAGCACACAGGGCUCGGGCAUGGCCGUGCUGAAGGACCCACCAGGUGCCUUGGCUGGGCUCAGCUCAGGAGGGUCAUCAGCAGAAAACCUGCCCAACAUGAUGAAGAGCGGCUCGACGAGCCCCAGCCAGGCCAUCAGCUGGCAGAGCUCCAUCGUGCACUACAUGAACAGGAUGUCCCAAAGCCAGACUGCAUCUGAGAGCUCGGCUCUGGGCAGGCUGGCACUGAAGGCACAGGCAGCCAGUAAGAGCAGCUUAGGGCUGGACUUGAAAAUGAGGAGCCAGAAAGGCUCUGGGGAGCUGGGGCUCAACGUGCAGGGACCCAAGACUGCAAAGGCUCCCGGCAGUGGUGCUGGAGGAGACCAGAAAUCAGGCUCAUCUGGGGCCAACGUCCAGGCAGCCUCCAGCCAGGAGCUGAACCUCCAGGCUCUGAACCUGCAGAGCGUCAAGAACGGGCCGAGCGUGGCCGGCGGGAGCAGCCUCCCCCGGCACCUCUGCGGAGCCCUGGCCAAGGGCUCUGGUGGGGGCACGGCCAGCGGGGGUGCCGGCGGUGCCAAGGGCGGGGCGGUGGGCACCGGGCUCGCCGGUGCGCUGGCAGGGGGGGAUGGCAGCAAGGGCAAGAAGCAGCCACACCGGGCAGGGGACAGGGACUUGGCCAAAGGUGGCUCAGCCGGCGCACAGGAGGGGCACGCGGAGAGCCGCAAGCCCUCUGCCCUGUCCGAAGUGAGCACGGGCGAGGACACCAGCUCGGAUUCAGACCGGGACUCGGCUUCCUUCCCAGGCGUGGGUCAGAACAUGUCUGUCUCCAUCCAGACCAGCCAGGACUGGAAACCCACGCGCAGCCUGAUCGAGCACGUCUUUGUCACCGAUGUCACCGCUAACCUGAUCACAGUGACGGUCAAGGAGUCCCCCACCAGCGUCGGGUUUUUCAACCUACGGCAGUACUGA